AUGGUUGCUGAAUUUCUACAAAAUCAACAGCAGCAGCAUCAACAGCAGCAGCAUCAACAGCAGCAGCAACAACAAUCAGAUAUGAUGAAAAAUGACACCAUCGCAAGAGAGCAACAGCGAUCAGUUCCUAUUAAAAUGAUUGGCAAUUAUACCCUACAACAGAGCAUCGGUAAAGGAAGCAUGGGCAAAGUGAAACUGGCUACACAUAACGUUACUGGAGAAAAGAUUGCUAUAAAAAUUGUUCCCAGAGCCAAUUUACAAAUAUUAAAUGCACCAAAUCACCAUACCAAUGGCAAAUCUAUUCAGCAAAUAGCCAAAGAGAAAGCGAGAGAAGAGAAUCGAGAGGUCCGAACGAUCAGAGAAGCGCAUAUCAUGAUGUUGUUGAAGCAUCCAAACAUUGUUGGCAUGAAAGAUCUAGUCUUGCAAGGUCCAUACUUUUACAUCUUGAUGGAUUAUGUGAAUGGCGGUCAAUUACUGCAUUACAUUGUGAAAAGACAGAGACUCUCUGAUAGAAGAACUAGACAAUUCUCGAGACAAAUUGUCAGCGCAUUGGACUACUUGCAUAGAAACUCAAUUGUACACCGAGAUUUGAAGAUUGAAAAUAUCAUGAUCGACAAGUCUGGGCGACACAUCAAAAUCAUUGAUUUUGGUCUAUCAAAUCUCUUUUGUCCUGAGCGUCAACUGACGACUUACUGUGGCUCUCUCUAUUUUGCUGCUCCAGAAUUACUAAAAGCAAAUCCUUACAGCGGCCCUGAGGUGGAUGUCUGGAGUCUUGGUGUUGUCAUCUAUGUCAUGGCGACCGGUUCAGUUCCUUUUGAUGAUAAAUCUAUGCCUGGCCUGCACGAUAAAAUCAAAAGAGGACAAGUGACCUAUCCUGCUCAUCUUGGCGAUGAGUGCAAGAACUUGCUAUCUCGCAUAUUUGUCACUGACCCAUCACAACGUAUCAUCAUGACGGAUAUUAUUCACCAUCCCUGGAUGAACAAAGAUGCUGCUCCUAUCAACAACUACAUGCCCCCAUCAAGAAAGCCUUUGAAACUGCCAUUGAACCCCAAAGUGAUUGAAAGAAUGUCGCAAGGCUUCAAUCUCGGCUCACCAGACGAAAUUGAACGUAGACUUACGUUGAUUAUCCAAUCUCCAGUUUACCACGACGCAGUGAAACACAUCGCAGACUGCCACGCAAGAAAAACACUCACCCCACCCCUCAAUUACGGCGAAAUCAACUUUGGAAUAGUAUACGAUGACCCACAAUCUGUGCCUGCAGCAUAUCAUCCGUUCCUGUCUCUGUAUUAUUUGGCAUCAGAGAAGUUGGCUGCUACUGAAUAUGAAGCUCAUCAUCAUCGUGUGCCCAUUCGCUCCAGUCUGUCAAGAAAGGCCUCUGUGGAAUCCAUGGGCGGUUAUUCCUCUGCUCGUAGUAGUCAAGCCUCUUUGGUUGGUGCUGAUGAGCACACCUCUUCAAACAGUCCCAGAUUGCUCACUGAAGUUCCCCUCAGCCAUACUCCUGUGAUCCCUCCCCAGACUGCUGGCAUCAAGCUACCAGGCAAUGGAAGUAUGUCAGGAUUUGUCUCUCAGCCUGCUGCUAUCGGCUCCACCAACUACCUUAGUCGCAUUCAACGUUGGCUUCGCUCUUCAUUAUCCACUCAUCACCUUGUAGAUGAUUCAAAGAAUAGUGCCAAUCACAUCUCGGCACCGCCCUCACCACCCCAAAGAGUGGAAGAUGUCAAGCAUGCCGAUGUGGAUCCUAUCAUGUACAGCUCAUCCUCAUCAGCCAACACGAGUAGAUUGCCCACACCAUCUCAUUCCACUGAUGACAAGGGCAACACAGGCUCGCACUCGCCUAAUGAAAGCUUCCAUAGCACAUCCAAUGUUGAGGCUUUGUCGACUGCAGAUAAACAGCAGCAGCAAUCCACAUUACCAGCUGCUCCAAAUGGAAGUAAAUCACUAUUUCGUAAAUUAUCGCAUGCUGUGUUCCGCAAGAACUCUUCAAAGAGCUUAAACAAGAAGACGAGCAAUCUUAGUGCCACAAACACGGUGAGCGAUCAGAACACCAGCGAAGAAGAAGUAGCUUCAGUCGCUAUCAUUGAGCCAACACCCUCUGUCAAACCAGCAAUGGAUGAUCAAGUUCCACCACCUGUCCCACCCAAGGAUUUCAAGUAUACGUACAUGGCACUUCCUCGUGAUGCUCCUGGUGCAGUUAAAUCUAAUAGAAACUCGCAGCAAUUGCCACCUGGCAUGUCAAUUGCCACUGUAACUUCUCGUCAAACGGCUCACACCAUUGAUAUCAGCGCUAUCAACAUCAAUAGUCAAAACACGCACACUAAUGGCACUGGUGCCAUUACCCCAACUACCUCUAAUUUCACUACAACAACACCUACUAAUUUACAUACCAAUCCUAAUACAUCCCAUAUACCAACGCCCAUUGCAUCCAAAAUGGCCAAAUACGAUGACGUUCCACGGGUACAAGCCCAACAAAACGACAGCGGCUAUUUAUCUCAACCUACACCCAACAUCUCAAGAUCUGCUUCCAUGGCUACGCAUCAUCGUCGCAGAGGCUCUGUUUCCAAACUCACUGGAAAAAUCGGAUCGUGGCUCAACCGAUCCUCCUCAUUCAAUCAACAUGGCGGGAACAGCAGUCGGUUAAAUAGACAUGAUGCUUAG